AUGCCUGGUGUUCCAUCAGGGAAGGCUUGCGAGGCAUGCCGCAAGCAGAAGAAGAAGUGCGACGAGAAACAACCAACCUGCGGACGAUGUCUCCGCCUGAAAAUACCAUGCGUAGGCUCCGGCCAACAGCGCUUCAAAUUCCAAGAAGAAAAACGCUUCACUAAGCAAGCCCGACGAGAGCAUAACAGCGUGACUCUCUCCAUGGCUGCCAAAUCUAAUUCCUCUUCAUCUAACGCCACACCGUCACCCCCUGGCAGCAACCAACUCCUUUUCAUCGAAGCCAGACCGAGCUGUAGCACCACCCGAUUGGCAAACGCCUUUACCCAAGCCAUUAAGCGCUCCACCGACAUCCGCUACAACCUCGGGUGGAGCUUCGGCUUCUUCCUCGAGGAUGUACCCCGCCGAUUGGGUACUAACGAGGCGCUGGACCGCGCCGUCGAUGCAAUUACCAGUGCCCAUGCUGACUUCUGUACCCGUCAGCACGGAUCAGUACAGGCAUUGACCAAGUACUCGGCUGCACUGCGCACUCUACGGGUCUACCUUGAUGAUCCCGUCCAUGCACAGGAAAUAAACACGCUAGCUGCAGUGAUGAUCCUGCUCAUUUGUCAGUCGAUCAUGGGGCAGACCACAAAGGGGCAAUGGUGGUCUGGACAUGCAGAGGGCGCGACACAAAUUCUAAAAGCUCGAAAGGAUUUUGGUCCCCGCAAUGAGUUUGAAGCGAAGAUCUAUAUGUCACUUCGUGGGAGCGUGCUCUUCGAAGGCCUCUUCAAUCACCGAAUCCAGCUCAGUGAAAAGGAAUGGGAAUCUCUUAUCGUGAACGAAUACGACGGAAAUAAUCCCGAAGGCCGUCUGUUACAAAAUCUUUCGCGGGCCCCGGGCAUAAUGCGGCGUGCUAGGAUCUUUCUCCGAACGGGAUCCGACCAAACUGGCAUCCAAGAUGAGCUUUGGGCACUAUAUCAAGCGUGCAAACUCGAUCUCAGCCAGCUUAAACAAUCUAGCAUCAGCAAAGACCUUUCCGUUACUGAGGUACUACCCAAAGGAGCCCACCGGACGUGGCUAGAACGACUAUUAACGGUGCACUACGACCGCAUAUACGGCAUUGGUCUGGCCAUCACCCUAUUUUUCAAUCGCAUGCUACAGUCGCUGGAGAUACAUAGUGACGCGGUACAAGCCGAUGCACACUAUUACACCGAAGAAAUCCUCAUGUUGGCUGAGAUAUCAGGGGAUCUUCGACCCAUUGGGGCGGGGUAUCUGGUUAUUUGUCUUACGAUGGCGUGGGCGGCGACGAGAGAUCGCGAACAGCGAGGGAGGGUUCUUAAAUGGUUGUGUGAAUAUCAGAGUGACUUUAAUCAUCGCGAAAUAAGUCAUUUGCAGCAGGAGCUGCAGUGGACGGCGGAGCAUUUGGCUCUGGGUGAUCCGCUUGGACUGCGUCAGGACUUGGAUUAUUUGGAUUAUCUUAUUAGUUGA